GUUGAGCCGGUCCUGCCCGCUCUUCCUCCUCCUCCUCCUCCUCCUCCUCCGCCGGACGGUGACGGAGCGGCGGAGCCGCAGCCGGAGCCCCUGGGCCGCCGCCAGGGCCGGGGGGGAGCGGCCGGCGCAGCCGCCGGCCAUGGUGGCCCGCCCGCCGCGGCGGGGGCAGGAGCAGGCGCGGCGGCGGCGGCCGCCAUUGCGCGCGGGGGCCGCGGGACUAUGAAGGAUGGAAGCGGACGAGGUGACCAUCCGCGAGCAGAACUUCCACAGCCAAGUGCGCGAGUACACGAUCUGUUUUCUCCUGUUUGCUAUUCUCUACAUAGUUUCCUACUUCAUAAUCACAAGAUACAAAAGAAAAGCAGAUGAGCAAGAGGAUGAAGAUGCCAUUGUUAACAGAAUUUCGCUGUUCUUGAGCACCUUCACUCUAGCAGUUUCAGCUGGUGCAGUCCUGCUUCUGCCCUUCUCAAUAAUCAGCAAUGAGAUCCUGCUGUCUUUUCCACAAAACUACUAUAUUCAGUGGUUAAAUGGCUCACUAAUUCAUGGCUUGUGGAAUCUUGCUUCUCUUUUUUCCAAUUUAUGUUUGUUUGUGUUGAUGCCCUUCGCCUUUUUCUUUCUGGAAUCAGAAGGAUUUGCUGGCUUAAAAAAGGGGAUCAGAGCACGCAUUUUGGAAACUCUUGUAAUGCUUAUUCUUCUUGCACUGCUUAUCCUUGGAAUCGUAUGGGUUGCUUCAGCUCUCAUAGACAAUGAUGCUGCCAGUAUGGAGUCUUUGUAUGAUCUCUGGGAAUUCUACCUCCCAUAUUUAUAUUCCUGUAUAUCACUGAUGGGAUGCUUGUUACUUCUGUUAUGCACACCAGUUGGGCUUUCACGGAUGUUUACAGUAAUGGGCCAGUUGCUGGUGAAGCCAACAAUCCUUGAAGACCUAGAUGAGCAGAUGUAUAUCAUCACUUUAGAAGAAGAAGCAAUUCAGAGGAGGCUUACUGGUGUAUCUUCCACAGUGGAAUAUCAGACAGCAGAGUUGGAACGGGAGCUUGAAAAAGUGAAAAGCAAGAAAACAAAUCUAGAGCGGCGGAAAAAGGCUUCUGCUUGGGAAAGGAAUUUAGUCUAUCCAGCUGUUAUGAUAUUACUACUGAUUGAGACGUCCAUCUCAGUCCUCCUAGUUGCUCUCAACAUUCUUUACCUGUUGGUUGAUGAGACUGCAAUGCCAAAGGGAUCUGGGGGGCCUGGAAUAGGAAAUGCUUCCCUGUCCACUUUUGGUUUUGUGGGAGCAGCACUUGAAAUCAUUUUGAUUUUCUAUCUUAUGGUAUCUUCUGUCGUCGGCUUCUACAGUCUUCGUUUUUUUGAAAAUUUCACUCCCAGGAAGGAUGACACAACUAUGACAAAGAUCAUUGGAAACUGUGUGUCAAUCCUGGUGCUGAGCUCUGCUUUGCCAGUCAUGUCAAGAACGCUGGGAAUUACCAGAUUUGAUCUUCUUGGAGACUUUGGAAGGUUUAACUGGCUGGGAAACUUCUAUAUUGUAUUAUCUUACAACUUGCUCUUUGCUAUCGUGACUACAUUAUGUCUGGUCAGGAAGUUCACCUCUGCUGUGCGAGAAGAGCUCCUGAAGGCAUUAGGAUUAGAUAAACUUCAUUUGUCGAACAAUCCAAGAGACUCGGAGACAAAACCUUCUGCAAAUGGGCAUCAGAAAACACUGUGAUGAACAAUCAUCUGCAAUCAACAGACCUGAAAACAUCAACCUCAUGGCAUUCCUGUCAUCUCAUCAGCAUUUCUGUUUUGAUUUUACUUGUUGAUAGUGUGGGUCCAACCUUGUCUCCUCUUUUGAUGCUGUGGGCUUCUGUGAGGAAGUUAGCUAUAUCAGAUUCUCCUCUUUCCAGUUAACUUUUGGUCUGAUUGUAAAUUUUCCAGUAAGUUAAUGCAGGAGGUGCCUUGAAGACUGGAAGCUGAAGAGAAUAAUGCAUUCCUUUUUAUUUUUUGACAGUUUCAUAUCUUAACUUGCUACCAUUUAAUUGCACAGUACCUCCUGUUGUAAUACAGAAACAGCUGUAAAGAAUAACUUUGGGACUUGAUUUAAAAAAAUACACUUGAAGUCCACUAUGACCCUUGCUGGAAACAUAAACUACCUAGAGGAGGUAUCCUUGACAGUAGAUGAACAAUUCCACCAAGAUUGUGUUGCAAAACAAAAAUAACCAGUAGAGAUCACAAUUCCUCUCGUGUAGGAUUCAGUAGGCUGUUUAUAGUCAAAUACCCAGCUUUCUUGGAAGGCCAGCGUUUUCAGCUUUGUUCUUAGCUCUAAAUGUCAGGUUGCUUUACUGGUAGUCAGACAAUGUCUUAUCGAAUAGAGUGAACGACAAGAUGAAGAUUAACUUCAGUGUUAAAUCUGAGCCUAGUAUGCUUUGUAAAAAGCUAUGUAGACCCCUAGUCGCAGCUCUUACAGUUCUGUAAGCUAUUGUGCCAUGGAGGUCGAUACCCUACCAAGUACAUCCCUGUAAAAUUCUCAAUGAACUUCUGCGUAUCAGCAGUACUUGGAAUCAAUGCAAGUAGCAUAGGCCUAGGAGGCUGCAAUUGCACAGUUUUUUACAAUCUAAUUUGAAGUAAAUUAUUUCUCAGAAUUUAUACUAUAGUUAUCAGAAUUUCUGUUCUGUGGCAUAAUCCAGUAUCUUUCACUAGUGUGUUUUUAACGUGUAGACUUGAACAUGUAUAUAGGCCUGUAUGUGUAGAUAUCGUAAAUUAAAUUCUAAGCUUAUAGAAAUGACGUAGGUUGCUUGGUAAGUAAAACUUGCGUGUUCAAUCUUGCUAGUAUAAAUUUCUGCAAUGUUACAAUUUAGCUGCUCAGAGGCCUUAGAUUCAGAAUGGCAUCAGUGGGUGGUAAUAUCUUUUUCCUUAACUUUACUGCAGAAUCCUAUAAGCAGUUUAUAAAAGCAAAGCACCACCACCACCAAAAACCCAAGGCAUUAUUCAAAGUCUGUUUUCACUUCUGUCCUGUUCUGCUGCAAGUCAUCUUCAAACAGGUUUGGACAGGGAAGACUUCAGUACGUGCCUGUUACAUAGUGGGUCAGUCAAUAUUGCUGUUUAUCUCUUGUUUCUGUAAAACCAAAAUACGUCUUUCUGAAGUUUGAGGUCUUACGCUUAACCAAACUGUGACAACUAGUUCUCCAGUGUGGUUCUGAAAUCAGAUAAGUGUCAAACUUUGGCUGUUUUCCUGAGGCAACUACACUGGGCUGUAGACCUUAUUGCUGUGUGAAUGUGAUUUUUUUUUUUUGCUUUUUUUUUCCUUGAAUGUUUCAAAAAUUAAGCUCCAGUAUAUAUGAGGAUUUCUCAGUUUUUUGGGGCUGCCUUUUCUGACUUGAACUGAGACAUAAUGUAGAUACUACUGUAGUGAAUAUGCUAGAGUUACUGCUUUUUCUUUGUGUCUUCAGUAUAAAUUCAAGGCUAGUUAAACUGACUAUUGAUGUGUUGUACUGAGUCUUGGAAGACUUAAAAUUGUUUGAUUCAUUAGAUUUACAAGCAUCUCGUACAUUGUUAAAAUUUAAUGCUGAAAUUUUGGUCAGAAUUUUUUUUCUGAGUCGGAGUUCCCCAACCAAGAACAGGGAGCUAUAAUCAAAAGGCUUUUUUUGCUGUUUUAAAAAUCUGUUUACAUUGAAAACAUCAGGAGACUUGUUAGGGGCAUCAUUCAGGUAUUCAGAGCUUGUAGCCUUACGUGCUAGCAUUACAAUUAAAAAUAAUUGAAAUGUAUCUGCUUGUCCAUGCAAGAGAUAGUAUGACCAAAAUUAUUCUAGUGUCUUAAUGAGGCUGGUGAAUUGUGAUAUAUAAUGAGGUUAGUUAUCGUUAUUAAAGUAUUUCUGUUAUGAGCUUGAGGUAGUUAUUUCAAUACACUCUUUGAAUAAAUGAAUUUAAGGAAGAAAUCUGAAGAGUGUGAGCCAGUGUAGGUCUCUGUCUCUGCUCUUUUCCCAGUAGUCAAAUUGAUGUGACUUUUUGGAUUGGUAUUUGCAUCAGUAAUCCAAGAACCCAGGAACAAAUGGAUUAUAAUGAAUAUGUGAUUUCAAAAAAUGAAUAAGGUUAUACUAAAUUGAGCAGAGGCAGUUCCUGCUGAUAAGCAUGGAGGUUAAGUGAGAUUUUAAAGCUUAUUUAGUUUUGGGGGCAGGGAGUAGGGGGGAGUUAUGGCCUUACCUGCUCCCACCCCUCCUUCUGGAUUUUGUAGUCAGAGAUAUGUAUGGGUUAAAGUGACUUAAGUGGAGAUUUUACACUGAAAUAUGGAGGCUGGUUAUGAUACUGUGGUUUCUAUAGUGUAUUAGUCUGCAGAGAAAUUCAGAGCUGCCCUGUGCAGUUACUAUGUUUUAAAUUCAAGUCUUGUGACACUGUCCAUGUUAAAAUACUUGUUUGGCCUCGAAAAGGACAUUGCUUAUGCUGCUUAGAAAUACAAUGCUACUUUCAGGUAUACUGAGUGUAAGAUACAGGUCACUAUAUAUUUUUCACAGAAGCAUAUAUUCACUUAAAUACAAGCAACUGUUAAUUCAUUAAUGGAUAUUAACAAUACAUUCCUAGUAUUUUUGACUCAUGUAGAGUCAGGUGGUCUAUACCUUCAAGGUAUAUACAGCUGAUCUUAGUAACAUCAACAUCUGCCUCACUUCUUAAGAGGCAAAAGCACAUAAAUGCUUCCAUCUUAAACUAGAUACCACACAUCAGACCAAAAAAUGUAAAUUGUUUCAAGUUAGCCAUUUCUUGGCUUUGUUCUGUAUUGGUAGCACAGUAUUAAAUACAGUGGCAGAAUUGUAAUAUUGUGGGAUUUUUAAGUGUAAAGCACACCUUCAGUACUUAACUCUUUAAGCUUAAAGUAUGGGUUACUGUACAAGUAAGUUUUUUGCAUUCAUAGAAAACUGUUUAUUGUCUGUAAUGUGAUACUUAUCUUUGGCCCUGUUUCUCCAGUAUCUUUUACACUGACUGUUUUGCAGUGUCGUAGAAAUUAAAGGAUUUGUCAAGAUGUU